GAGGCUCCGCCCCUCCUUGGGGUCGGGUGGGGUGGCUCUCGCGGGAGCAGGAGGCAGCGGAGACCCCAGCCUCCAGCUGCGUGCGCCGGGAGGUUUUCUGUGCCCCCGGUCCCGCAGGUUGGCAGCAGGUGGCCGCUCUGCCCGGCGCCGUCCAGAGCCUGAACUGCCGCGCGGGGUGGGGGGCCGAAAGCGGAGGAAGCAUCCUAGGCCGGCGCGGCGGCGAGGAUUCCGGGAACAGCCUCGGUCCGGGGCGGUGGAGCGAGUCGGGAGGCGGGGCCGGGGCGGAGGGGCGGAGCCGCUCUCUCGCGACCUCUGCCCACUGCCUGGGUUCCGGGGACCCCCAGGUGAGCCGGGCCACGUGGGAAAACUAUGCCAGGAAUUUGGCCCGAGCGGGAGCGGCGUGCAGUCCAAGCGACGCGAGCCUUGGUCGCAGUAGGCUCAACAGCAGCGCCUCCGACGCCCAGCGGGGUCCGGCGGGGAGCUCCGCCUCGGGACGCGCCGCCCCUUGCGCCCGGCGGCUUCCCCAUCCCCGGUGCCUGGCCCACUCCGGACCGAGGUGUGGGAAAGCAGUCUGCUGAUAAUUCAGUUUGAAGAAAACACGGCGUUCCUGCCUCUGGGGUGUGUGGUCUCCAGGCCCUCUCUCAGCUCCUGUGCCUGUGGCCGUGGCCUUGGUGGCACCCUUCCCCGGUGGCCAGCCCAGGGCUUCCCCCACCCAUGCAGUCUCCUACCCCCACUGUCCAGGGCCUCAGUAGCCCCCUCUUUGGGGCCUACACUCUCCCCACCUUCAAGUUCCAGCCUCGCCGUGAGAGUGUGGACUGGAGGCGCAUCAGUGCCCUGGAUGUGGACCGCGUGGCACGGGAGCUGGAUGUGGCGACCCUGCAGGAGAACAUCGCUGGUGUCACUUUCUGCAACCUGGACCGGGAGGUGUGCGGCCGCUGCGGGCAGCCCGUGGACCCAGUGCUGCUCAAGGUGCUGCGGCUGGCGCAGCUCAGCAUCGAGUACCUGCUGCACUGCCAGGACUGCCUGAGCACCAGCGUGGCCCAGCUGGAGGCGCGGCUGCAGGCCAGCCUGGGCCAGCAGGAGCGUGGCCAGCAGGAGCUGGGCCGCCAGGCCGACGAGCUCAAGGGCGUGCGGGAGGAGAGCCGGCGGCGGCGCAAGAUGAUCAGUGCCCUGCAGCAGCUGCUCCUGCAGACGGGCGCCCACAGCUACCACACCUGCCACCUGUGUGACAAGACCUUCAUGAACGCCACCUUUCUCCGGGGCCACAUCCAGCGCAGGCACGCAGGCGUGGUGGAAGGCGGAAAGCAGAGGAAGCAGGAGCAGCCAGUGGAGGAGGUGUUAGAAGAGCUACGGGCCAAACUGAAGUGGACCCAAGGGGAGCUGGAAGCCCAGAGGGAGGCAGAGAGGCAGCGGCAGCUCCAGGAAGCAGAGAUCAUUCGCCAAAGGGAAGCAGAAGCUAAGAAAGAAUUUGAUGAAUGGAAAGAAAAAGAGCGGGUGAAGCUAUAUGGGGAAAUAGACAAGCUCAAAAAAUUAUUUUGGGAUGAAUUUAAAAGUGUUGCCAACCAGAACUCUACCUUAGAGGAGAAGCUGCAGGCACUGCAGUCCCACAAUAUGAUGAAGUCCAACCUGGGGUCCCUGCGGGAUGAGGAGCCCGAGGAGAGACUCAGGCAGGCUCAGGAGCUCUGGGCUCUGAAGGAGAAGAUGGAAAUUCAGAAAACAGAAUGGAGGAGGAAAAUGAAGGCACUGCAAGAGGAGCACGCAGCUCAGAAGAGAGAGCUGCGGGAGCAGAACGAGAGGCUCCAGGCUACCCUGUCUCAGGAUCAGAAGAAAGCAGCCACCCAGACCCAGCGCCAGAUCCAUGCCCUCCGCGCCCAGCUCCAGGAACAAGCCAGGCUCAUUGCCUCCCAGGAGGAGAUGAUGCAGGCCAUGUCUCUCCGGAAGGUGGAGGGGAUCUGUGAAGGCCCGAAGGCUGUGGACACAGAUGAGGACUCUUCCGAGGAAGAGCUGGAGGACUCCCACAGUGGACAGCAGAAGGUGCUGGAAGCUCUGAGGCGAAACCCCACCUUGCUGAAGCAGUUCAGGCCAGUCCUGGAGGACACCCUGGAGGAGAAGCUGGAAAGCAUGGGGAUAAAGAGAGAUGCCAAGGGAAUUCCCGCUCAGACCCUCAGACACCUGGAAUCCAUCCUGCGAGCCCAGCGGGAACAGAAGGCCAGGAGGUUUUCUGAGUUUCUGAGCCUGAGAGAGAAGCUCAUUAAGGAAGCCACCAGCAGAGUGAAGGACAGACAGAAGGACAGGGCCCUGGUGUCCCAGCCAGAGGGCGAGGUGCCAGGCAGACCCAACCUGAGCUCUUUGUGCAAAGGAAGUUUCCAAAGUGUGGUCCACACAUCUCUGGGAGUCAAAAGCCAGCAGAGCCCACUGGUCACUAAAGAGGUCCAGCCAAAGGCCAGGACCCUGCAUGUGGCACAGCCAUCCAAGCCUGCAGAGCCCGCUGUGACAAGUCUUCAGAGCCGCAGCAGCCAUAGCCUGGGCCUGGCCCCGGGGCCCACCCCUACUCCUCGCUCCAGAGCACCUGGACCCUCUGGCACCCCUUCUUCCCCAGGGCCUGGGCUGAGUACGCCCCCGUUCAGUUCCGAAGAGGACUCGGAGAGAGAUGCUGGGCCGCGUGCUUCCCUGCAGCCCCUGAGAGCUCUUUCGAGGGUGGGGCCCCAGCCGCAGGAUGACUCAGACUGGUCUGACACCGAGACCUCGGAGGGGAGUGCCCAGGCCCCUGGCAAGGGCUCGGGCGGGCUGGCCUCCUCAGGAACGCUGGUGCAAUCAAUGGUCAGAAACCUUGAGAAGCAGUUGGAGGCUCCAGCCAAGAAGCCUGCUGGAGGGGUCAGUCUGUUCUCAGUACCCAGUGCUGGGCCACAGAGAGCUGCUGUGCCAGGAGGAAAGCCCCAGCUUUCUGAGGAUGAGAGUGACUUGGAGAUCUCUUCCUUGGAAGAUCUCCCACAGGACCUAAACCAGAGAGAGAAACCGAAGCCCUUGUCUCGCUCAAAGCUCCCGGAGAAGUUUGGCGCCAGCUCUUGGAGCCCCAGUCGACCCAGGGUCCCUGGCUGGUGAGCCUGCUUCUGAUCCUGGGAGCCAAAGGACCAGCCUUGUUGGCCAGCUGUGUGGGGCUGGCCCAGAACCCCCCAACGAUGGGGCUGCUGGGCCUCUUGUCUUCCUCAGGAGCCGAGAGGUCUUCUCCUUGGACAGAAGCAGAGUAGAAGACAGAUAUGAUUUCUCCCAUUCCCCGUGAGAGCCCUGGCAGUGUCCCGUGGGUCCCAGGGCUGAGAAGGGGUUGUAACAGGACCUUGAAGGAGCAUCCUUCAUCUACCUCCAUGCUCGCUCCAGACUGAAAGGAGACACUUGGUUUCUAUUCUGCAGCAUUUUGUAAACCUUGUAGAGCUGGGUCUUUUAUGGGGUCCUUUGGGGGACGUAUGCCUGAGUCAGCCAUUCAAUAAUUGACCCAAAGUCAUUUACUGAGGUCGUCUGGCCUCUUACUGCUGAGCCGGGGUGUAGGCAGAGAUGGGGAGGAGACGAAAAGUACGGGGUCGUAAUAGAGAUUGGGACGUUCUGGGAGUACAGACAGAGCCUCUCAGUGCGGCUGGGUGUGAAUGGGGAGCACUGCCCAGAGCUGAUGUCCUCAGGACCUGCUCAUGGGUGAGAGGGAAGGCGGGUCACCUGGCUGGGGCCUCAUAUCCCCAAGGGACCACAAAUUAAGUUUUGAUAAUAUUUCUAAAAUUAGGUUAUAUACAUAUCUAUAGUAUUUUUUUUAAUGUGAAGAGCAUUAAUUUAUUAUAUGUAAACCCUUAAAUACAGCAUGUUUAUCACUCUCUGAUAUUUCUUCUUUGUUUUUGGAGCAUCAGCAGAGACUGGGUGGGGGCCAGAGCCAUCUGUACCCCAGCUGUCAGUUUAGGACUUUGGGGUGAAGUUGCCAAGAUGGUGGUGGUGGUGCAGUGGGUUUGGUGGGGAGUCACUUCUGUGAAAGGUGAAGGCAGAAGAAGCUGGAUCUGGGUAAGUGCUCAAGUGCAGUGUGGGUCUGACCCGCAUGAGAGGAGAAGAGCAGGAGUGGGCAAGGGGAGGCCAGACCACCGUGCAGCUGACAGCCCCACCCAGUCGGUGAGGUCCAGAGCAGGCCCAGCCCACCAGGGAGUCCCCACUGGGCAGGAUGGCCAGAGCCAGGCACCCCAGCCUGCUUGGCCAUGGGCUGCGGUGCCCAGGAGAGUGAGAACUGGUAGACCAGCCAUAGUUUUCCCUAAAGGGAAGCCCAGCUGUUCACUCCAGGCCUCAUGAGUAGAGGGAGCAGAGUGAUGAGCCCAUGUCCCUGACGCCCAGCUUCAACUCUUAUCAGCUCAGCUCAUGGUCAAUCUGGCUUCAUCUGUCUUUCCCCACUACCUCGGGUCUCUCCCUAGCUCUUCGUCCGGGCUUCUUUUGACCUCUGGGUGGUAAGGCCUGAGGGUCUAGCGGGAAGAACUAGGGGAAGUGAGGAGGAAAGGCAUUGCAGAGGUAAAGGGAUCUGGUGGUGGGGAGGCUUGGGGGUAUCACGGUACCAAGCUGUUCAGUGAGGCCAGGGCACAGUUUAUGAAGGGCCUUAUGUGGGACCUGGGGUCAGCCCACCUUAGCUGCUGGGGAGUAAAUUCACUGUGUGGAUCUUAUACCUUUGACCAACUGAGAAUAUGUAUGGAUUAUCCCAGUGAGUCGGUGAAGAGGGGAAGGGGCAUUGAGUUGGGAGUGGUAAUGAGGUUCAUCCCUCUCUCAGGAUUCUGCCAACAAAGUCAUGCUUUUCUAUUCACAGGUUUUGGGCAAGGGAGGUAAAAAAAAAAAAAAGAUGCUUGUGGGGUCCCUUGCCACCUCCUGGUUUCCUGUAGCUCUGAGUGCUACUACGGAUGCCAGCUCCCCACAUCACAGUGCACGCUGGGGUCUCUCCUGCUUGUCCCCAGGGUUGUUUCUGUUGUGGGAGGCUGCACGGGCUAUGUGCAUGUGUAGCCUGGAAGUGGC